AUGUCGACAGAGCAGAGAAAAGCUGCUUUGGUGCGACUGGGAUACUUCGGCGAACCUUCCUACACAUCCAUCGGAGAGCCUUAUGACAACAAGGGCAACAAAGACGAGCGAUCAAAGGGGUUGCAACUCCUGGGUACCAUCUCGAAGAAGGGCAAGUACAGCAUGAUCAACGGAUACUUCGAUUCCAAGUACAACGCCGUGGGCUGUGGAGUUGGUUGCCCUUACACGACAUUGGACAAAGAAAACCCAUGGAGGCCGGCCAACCCUUCCAAGAAGGCGGGAGGAACCGGGUUGGGUAACCGAGGAAGUCAUUAUGGUACUGUCAACUACAUUGGGGCGAAAACUCCAGCGUUUCCCUUCGGUGGAAGGAUCGAAUACGUUCCGCAAGGAACGAUGGAAAAGCUGAAGCGAUCAGACGUUCAUCAUGAUCCUCCCAACAUCGUCACCAACCCAAUCAAGCGCGGAGGGUUCGGCUUCGCCAACAACACUAUCGGAGUCCCUCAGAACGCUGGAGAAAGGCGUCAGUGGAUCCAGCAAAGUUGCUAUUUCUAUGCGGCCGAUCCCUACGAUGGAGCCAGGCGAGUUUCUCGUUGGUUCUGCAUAGAAAGGCGCAAAGAGGAGCGGGAGAGAGCUCCCAAGAACGUGAGCGAUGCUCCCUUCAGGCCGGCAAGUUACGCGUUCCAUGGAGGUCCUGGCCGGUGGGUGGGAACGAAAGUUGGAGACAAGAAGAGCUACGGCGGACAGAUCAAUCCAUAUCCUGAGUGGGUAGCCGAUCCCUACAUGGAGAAGAAGCGAAGAGUUGUCUCAGAGGCUGAAGCCUCCCGCGAGCCCUUCCGGCCUUCAAACCCUUCCAAGAAAGCUGGACCCGGACUGUGGGCAACGCUGGGGACCAAGAAAGGAGGACUGAUGCACAAAUUCCCCGAGUACAAGGAGGAUUUCUUCGGGAACAGGCAGAUGAUUGAGAAGGAGGAGCGGAAGAAGUUCAGAGAGUUCCAAGAGAAGAUGAAUCGCCCGGCAUUUUCGGCGACGGUGCCCGCACAGCCGAGGUCGACCAGGACAGUCUCCAUCUUCAAGAUGAACAUCAAGAUCUAA